AUGGGCGAGACAAGUAAAGCAGUGGCUGAGAAAGCAGCAUUCCAAGUCAUUGUCUUGGGCCCGACUGGUGGACCCCGCGAAGAUAGCGUCACGGGCAUUCUUGUCCGGUCGACGUCAACGAAAUGGUCUUCAGACUCGGUGGUAGCCGUUGAUGCAGGUACCCUUCUUGCAGGUAUCAUCCGAUUGCUGGAACGAUACAUCCCCGAAUGCAAGGAUGAUCGGGGGGUGAUGACAAGCGGGCCCUUUCAGGGGCUUGAAUUGCCCUGCAAAACAGCACAGGCAAAUGCAGCUCACGUAUUUCGCGAAAUCAUCGGGGCUGUUCUCAUUACACACCCCCAUCUAGAUCAUAUCUCAGGGCUGGCCAUUAACACCCCGAUUUUGGAGGCGGGCAAUGGACCAAAGCCUGUGGCUGCUUUGCCAUCCGUGCUAUCCGCUCUCAAAAACCAUAUGUUCAACGAUGUCAUCUGGCCUAACCUGUCGGACGAGGAUGGUGGGGCUGGUCUGCUUACAUACCAGCGCUUGGUGGAAGGUGGAAAUCCUCGUUUCGGUCGUGGAGACAGUAGAGGCUAUGUCAGGGCCUGCAAUGGCCUAUUGACUAAAUGCUUGAGCGUUAGCCAUGGUCGGUGCAAGCAGCGAUACCAUCCAGAAAGCGGAACGCAUCACCGAGUCGGGAGUACCAUCUUUUCCGAUCAUCAAUUGAUGCUUCCUUCAAGGGCGAUUUCAGUCGACUAUACUGAUGGCAGUUUCUAUUCUCCCGCUCGCUCCCCACGUCUACUCCCACCCAACCCCAAAGAGCCAGCGAUGACAACAGUGGAGAGCUCUGCCUUCUUCCUGCGCGAUCAUCACACCGGCCACGAGAUCAUCGUGUUCGGUGACGUCGAGCCGGAUUCGGUUUCCAUGGGAACUCACAACAAACGAGUAUGGGAAGCCGCCGCACCGAAAAUUGCUACUGGCAAGUUACGAGCGAUCUUCAUCGAAUGUUCCUACAAUGACAGCACCGACGACUCAUAUUUGUACGGCCACAUGUGCCCACGGCAUCUAGUGUCCGAGCUCAGCGUGCUAGCCAAUAAAGUCAUAGAAGCGCGGGAUCCGAACAACAUGGGGGAGAAGAAACGCAAGCGUGAAAUUGUAGGCCCCGUCGAGAUCGGCAGUGAGCAAGUGAGCCCUCGGUCGAAGCGAACUCCAAGAUCCUCUGCCGAUAAAGGCAGGACGUCCGAGCCGCUUAUUGAGCCUCGAUCGCAUCCGAGCGAGUCAUUCGAGAUUCCUCAGAUACCCCCAGUGGACAUCGGAGAUGUUCUGGCAAACCCGGACCCUGAGAAUUGGGAUGAUACUGCGGCCCUUCCUCUGGAAGGAUUAAAGGUUUACAUUAUUCACAUCAAGGAGAAUCUUACUGAUGGGCCUCAUCCUAGUGAUCAGAUUCUGAGGGAGCUCCAGGAUCAUGGUGAAGCAGCCCACCUAGGUUCAGCUUCCACCAACGGUAGCCCACGAACUAUAAUUCGGUCUGCAGUUGAAGAGUACACUGGUGAGCUUGGAGUUAAGGGAACCGCCACCAAUACCCCAGAUGAAGCCUUCAUCGAACAAGUCUUCUACCAGCUGAUGAUAUUUUUCUUUGGCGGUGAUGAUGCGUUGCCUAGUAUCACGAUUCCCCGUGUAUUCAGACAACUUCAGUUAAACCCCGAAUGUGUCAAGAAGUUACAAGCCGAACAUGACGCUAUUCUUGGCUCUGAUCCAAGCCUUGCCGCAGAGAAGAUCCGGGAAGCACCCCAUAUCCUGGCCUCAUUACAGUAUACCCUGGGUGUGAUCAAGGAGACAUUGCGGAUGAAUCCAGCAACGAUCACAAUCCGGGAAGGUCAGCCUUCAUUCAACCUGAAAAUAAACGGCGAGGACGACCCAUGGCCGACAGACGGAUUCGAUCUCUUUGACAGCUCUAUCACCAUUCACCAUGAUCCAGCUAACUUCGUCGAUCCGCUCAAAUUCAUGCCCGAGCGAUUUUCCGUACUGGAAGGCGACAGGUCGCAUCCGGCAAAGAAUAUAUGGCGUGGAUUCCAGCUUGGGCCUAGGAAGUGUAUUGGGCAGGAACUGGCGGUCGUUGUGCUGAAAUUGGUGUUGGUAUUUACUGUCCGUAGUUUUGAUAUUGAGAUGGCCUGGGAUAAGUGGGAUAAGAUGCGGGAACUACAGGGCCUGAAGGUGGAUCGCCGGACUGUUGAGGGUGAACGAAUGUAUACCACUGGGAAAGCGACGUCGCACCCCAAGGAUGGUGCACCGAUGCACGAUAUGAUCCGCAUUCCUACACCGGUGGAAGAUGGCUCAAUCGAUGAGCUCGAGCGAAACUCUCGCCACGUUAUGUUUGACUUCUCGGCGCUGUGUGAGCGGGCUAUUUACACAUGCCCAGGAGCCACCAGCGUUGUUAAAUAUGAGAAGCGAGAAGGUGGAUUCAACAGAGUCUUCCUUUUAACAAUGGACAAUGGAUCUUGUGUUGUGGCAAGGGUACCUACCGGUAUUGCUGGCCCGUCAAGGUUAACGACCAACUCUGAAGUUGCAACGAUAACUUAUUUACAAUCCAAGAUCUCGCUUCCGAUACCGAAAAUUCUCGACUGGAAUGAUAAUCCUUCCAAUCCGACUGGAACUGAAUAUAUCAUCCAGGAGCAUGUGGCGGGUGUUCAAUUACAUCAAGAGUGGCAUAAAAUGAACCCGGAACAACAUAUGCUAUGCACCAAAGCGCUUUCAUUGACAAUAAAAAAGAUGGCAUCCCUAGACUUCCCGGCCUAUGGCAGUCUAUACUUCGCCGAUGCGCCUCUAGACUCGGACUUGAAGAUUCCCUUCGAGCAGGGCUUCUGUGUGGGACCACAUUGCAGUCCGGUUUUCUGGAACCGAAAUCCGGGCGAACAUGAACUCUAUCGUGGCCCAAGUCCUAAUUGCGGACCUUGGAGAGAUCUCACAAGUUAUUGUCGAGGUUUGAUAGAUACCGGUUUCUCUCGUUUGCCCAAAGAAGCCGUUAAUAAUCGCAAGCUUCUGCCAUAUCAAGGAUCAAUUCAAGAUCACGUCCGUCUAUUGAAAACAAGUCGAGAGGUGAUACAAAAGUUGAUUGAAGAUAAUCGCAUUGAGGAUGCAGCUACACCAGCUCUGCUUCACCCGGAUUUUCACAAGAGGAAUAUCUACGUCUCUGCCGAAGAACCAACCGUUAUCACUGGCCUGAUAGAUUGGCAAUCGACCAGCAUUGAGCCCGCGUUUAUUUAUACCAACGAGACACCUGAUUUCGCUACACCCCCAAGGGUCCCCGAGGAAGAUCCACUCGAGAACGAACAAAAUGAAACGGAAAUUUCUAGACAAAAGGAACGAGAAUUAAAGGAUACAUCCGUCUGUUAUCAAACAUAUGAUGUGGUUAUGACGGCCCUUGUUCCUAAACUUCGUCCUGCAAGAUUACUUGAUCCGACUCUUUUUCGACUCUUCCACUACUGUCAUACAACUUGGAGAGACUCCGCUGUCGCUGUCCGCCAAGAGUUAAUUGAGCUUUCAGCUCGCUGGGUGGAACUAGGGCUAAAGGGCUCAUGUCCAUAUUCUCCCACAGAAGCGGAAUUGAAACAGCAUGCUCGAGACUAUGAAGAUUUUGAGGCUGUUCAAGCACUCAAGUCAUGGCUAAGAGACAACCUUGAUACAAAUUCUGACGGGUGGAUCUCGAACGAUGCAUGGGACGCUGCAAGGGUUGCUCAUCGCACAGCGUAUAAUGAAUGGAUACAGACUGCCAAAGAAGCCGAGUCCCGUGGCGAAGAUAUGACAGUAGCGAAGGCGGAUAAGAUGUGGCCAUUUGAUGCUAGAUAG